CUGGGGCCCUGUUGAGCAUCCGCCCGGCUCCUAUCCCAACUUUGGCAACCGUCGCACCCAAAUUUCCUGUGGAAUUAAUUGUCCUCCUCUUCCAGACCUCCCCGUCCCGACCUCGACCUCUCCUUCCUUCUGCCAUCACCGCCCCAAGAGGAAUCCAGCUCUCGACCUCUCUGCCGAGUCCGCACCUCGCAGAAUUCACUCCUUCGACUCUCCUUCAUUGGCAGUAAGCCUUCUUAUUUCUAACUUAGCUUGGUGUAAUCGCGCGUGCUGCUUCCUCCCCUGCCAUAUCCGUUUAAUACGUGCCGCCCCAGUCAAGAACUCUCCUGGCUCGUGUGAAUCGCACCUUCCUAAUCACAGUCCUCGUUUGGAAUCUGCCGAUUCUUCACAAUCUUCAAAAUGGCUGCAAAUGGUGCUGCCGGCUCGCCGCCCCAGUCCAGGGCGUCGCCAGUUCCUCCACCUAGCGUCCCUGCCUCGAACGACGCCCGCAACAUCGUCCGUCGGAAGCUGACUGGCUAUGUCGGAUUCGCCAACCUUCCCAACCAGUGGCACCGCAAGAGUGUCCGGAAAGGCUUCAACUUCAACGUUAUGGUCGUUGGCGAGUCCGGGCUAGGCAAGUCGACUCUUGUCAACACCCUGUUCAACACUUCGCUUUACCCCCCGAAGGAGCAGAAGGGCCCUAGCCUCGACAUCAUCCCCAAGACCGUCACCAUUCAGUCCAUCAGCGCCGAUAUUGAGGAGGCCGGUGUCCGUCUACGACUUACCGUCGUCGACACUCCUGGCUUUGGUGACUUUGUCAACAACGAUGAGUCAUGGCGUCCCAUCGUGGACAACAUUGAGCAGCGGUUCGAUGCCUACCUGGACGCCGAGAACAAGGUUAACCGGGUAAACAUUGUGGACAACCGCAUCCACGCCUGUGUUUUCUUCAUCCAGCCCACAGGCCACUCGCUCAAGCCUCUGGAUAUCGAGGUUAUGAAGCGUCUGCACACCAAGGUCAACCUGAUUCCCGUCAUUGCCAAGUCCGACACUCUGACCGACGACGAGAUUGUUGCUUUCAAGCACAGGAUUCUCGCCGACAUCAAGCACCACAAGGUUCAGAUCUUCGAGGGUCCCCGCUACGAGCUCGAUGAUGAGGAGACCAUCGCCGAGAACAACGAGAUUAUGUCCAAGGUCCCCUUCGCCGUUGUCGGCGCGACCAACGAGAUCACAAACGCUGAUGGGAGGAAGGUCCGAGGUCGUCGUUACCCUUGGGGCGUCAUCGAGGUGGACAACGAGGAGCACUGCGACUUUGUCAAGCUGCGCCAAAUGCUCAUCCGAACCCACAUGGAGGAGCUCAAGGAGCACACCAACAACAUCCUGUACGAGAACUACCGUACCGACAAGCUCAUCCAGAUGGGUGUGUCGCAGGACCCCAGCGUCUUCAAGGAGGUCAACCCUGCUGUCAAGCAGGAGGAGGAGAGGUCGCUGCACGAGCAGAAGCUGGCCAAGAUGGAGGCCGAGAUGAAGCUCGUCUUCCAGCAGAAGGUCGCCGAGAAGGAGUCCAAGCUGAAGCAGAGCGAAGAAGAGCUGUACGCCCGUCAUCGCGAGAUGAAGGAGCAGUUGGACCAGCAACGCAAAGAUCUGGAGGACAAGAAGUCGCGCGUCGAAAGCGGCCGUCCGAUUGUAGAGGGCAAGAGGAAGGGUUUCUCUCUCCGUUAAACCGGCAUGGCUCCCCUCUCCCUCCUUUGUCCUCCAUGACCAUUGGCCUUCUCUUUUCGCUCAUGAUGCCCGCAAUACCACCAAGCCAACGCUUCUUUCCAUUUCCUUACCUAUUCUUUCACCUUCGGCCUCCCCCACUUUAAUCACAGCCACUUUAUUCUCAAACAAAAAUACCCUCUAUAAGAAAGGACAGACGCGGCGUUUUCUAACCCAAGGUGCGAACGGUGUUGAGGAAAAUGAAACCCAAGGAAGAGAAAGAAAAAGCCCAAAAGCCCAAGGCUCCCGAAACCCCCCUGUUUGGUCGGAGCCCCAUGCUUUGGCGGUCGGUCUUGAACACUUAGGGACGAUAUACUGUUUGGCUUUGAUGUUUUUUGACACAUUCCGUCGAGCAACCAUUUCCUUUUUCUGUUUUUUUCCUUAUCUUGUUCUCCGUCAUACCCAGUGCAUCACGGUGUCAUCCCCUCCUCGAGGGAGUAGCCUCGGAGUCCGGCUUGUCUUGCAGCAGUGAAGUGGCGGUGGACAUUGUAUCCACCCGCCUACCUCGUUACCGCGUUACACACCGACCAGUCUGUCUUCCCAGGCCACGUCCCAGCAUGCGACUACCCCACCUCCUAGCCAGAUGUUGUCAGAACGCUGGCGCCAAUGGGGCAUGCGAGAAUGGGCUCGGCGAGCCAUCCAGGUGACAUCCGGUUGUUUGCUUUGGAGGGGCGACGACAACCAAUAUCUCUGUAUUCUAUCAUUGGCUCUGCUGGAUUACGCACCGGAGGAGUGAGAGGAUUUGGGUCUCAGCCUUUGUCGCUUCUGUCAUACCCUCGCUCGACCACAACGUGGGUGGUGAGCCUGGCAAUUGCCAUACCACACUUUUCCUUGGUUUUUGCGGACUUCUACCCAUUUUGCCCCCUCUAAUUUCCUUAGUUCUCAUAGCUUUUCUUGUCUGAAUGCAAAACGAUG